GUGCGAGCAGCACUAGACUACAAAACUGUCCCCUCACUCCAUCAUCAGUAGUGAUAUUAUCAAUUAUGACUUGAGUAGUAAUUAUUUUUGCAAUUUCAUCUUCUUAUUUUUAACUUUAAAUCGAUUUUAAUGGAGGGCCGUGUUCAUCUUUGUUAGCUUGAUUUUCUGCUUCAAACUUCUAGAACCAGAUUCAAUUUUCUGCCUAACUGCGUUAAUUUUUGACUGGAAUUCUGGUUGAUGAUUGUUUUGACUGUUUGAGCCACUGUUGAAGUGCAUAAAGUGCUAAUUUUUGAAUUGGGCACUUUUCAAUUUUUGAAGAAGAUGAGGUCUUGAAUUUUAAGAUUAGGGUUCUUGAGGAAAUAAAAAGGGGGUUUUGUAGGAAUUGACUGAUUGGGUUUUGUUCUGUGACAUUGGAGUUCAAUCAUGGAGAAAGUUGGUGAUUCUGAGGGUAAAACAAUGGAGAAACAAUCAAGCUUUCGACGAGUAAUAGAGAAACAAGUUAGCUUUAGAAAUGUGGUGGAGAAACCAGAGAGUUCUGGCAAAAAGAUGGAGAAAAGUGGGAGUUUUCGAGGUGUCGUAAUGGAAAAACAGAAGAGUUUCCGUGGGUUAUUGGAUAAACAGAAGAGUUUUCAUUUGAAAAUGGAGAGGCAAUUCAGUUUGGGUGGUGGCAGUGAGAAGAAGAAACCCAAAGAAUCCCCUGGAAAACGAGGCGAUUCGCCCCUUCAUUUGUUUGCUAGAGCUGGUAAUCUGAGCAGGAUCAAGGAGAUUUUUCAGAAUAGUAGUGAUUGUAGGAGUUUGCUUCGUAAACAAAAUCAGGAAGGAGAAACUCCUCUCUAUGUUGCUGCUGAAAAUGGGAAUGCUUUGGUGAUUGGGGAGUUCUUGAAAUAUGUGGACUUGGACACUGCAUCAAUAAAGGCUAGGAGUGGUUAUGACCCUUUUCAUAUUGCUGCAAGACAAGGUUAUAUUGAGGUGCUGAAAGAACUCAUUUCUGUUUAUCCAAACUUAGCCAUGACAACUGAUCCAUCUAACACGACAGCUUUGCACACAGCUGCUACUCAAGGAAACAUUGAUGUCGUAAAUCUCCUCUUAGAAACUGACUCAAACCUUGCGAAGAUAGCCAGAAAUAAUGGUAAAACAGUCCUCCAUUCUGCAGCAAGAAUGGGGCAUUUGGAAGUGGUUAAGGCCCUUCUACAAAAGGAUCCGAGCAUUGGCUUUAGGACCGAUAGGAAGGGCCAAGCAGCACUUCACAUGGCUGUGAAAGGCCAAAAUCAAGAUAUCGUAAUUGAAUUGCUCAAACCUGAUCCAUCCAUCUUGAGUCUGGAAGAUAACAAGGGAAACACAGCAUUACAUAUUGCGACAAAGAAGGGGCGCACCCAGAUUGUGAGUUGCCUUCUACAGUUUGAAGGAACAGACAUCAAUGCGAUGAAUAAGGCAAGUGAGACUGUGCUUGAUAUUGCUGAAAAAAUUGGACCACCAGAGUUGGUUUCAGCAUUAAGGGAGGCUGGAGCACUCAGUUCAAAAGACCUUGGAAAGCCUCCGAGCACAGAGAAGCAACUUAAACAAACCGUGAGCGAUAUCAAACACAAUGUGAAGUCCCAGCUGCAACAAACCCAUCAAACUGAUGUGAGGGUCCAAAAGAUUGCAAAAAAGCUCAAGAAACUUCAUACCAACGGUCUGAACAAUGCAAUAAACAAUGCUACAGUUGUUGCCGUUCUAAUUGCUACAGUUGCUUUUGCUGCUAUCUUCCAGGUACCUGGCCAAUAUGUGGAGAAAAAAAGUAAUGGGUUUUCUCUCGGGGAAGCUCAAAUUGCCGAUAAUAAGGCAUUCACAAUAUUCUUUGUGUUUGACAGUAUGUCAUUGUUCAUCUCCCUUGCUGUUGUGGUAGUCCAGACAUCGGUGGUGGUCAUUGAACAGAAGGCAAAGAGGCAGCUUAUGUUUGUGAUAAACAAACUGAUGUGGGUGGCUUGUCUCUGCAUCUCAGUUGCCUUCAUUUCUCUCUCUUAUGUGGUGGUGGGUCCACAUGGGCAGUGGCUUGCAAUAUGGGCAACAGUCAUUGGAGCUGUGAUUAUGAUCCCAGUCCUCGGCUCCAUGUUCUACUGUGUGGUUAUGCAUAGGUUGAGUGAUUCAAAAUCGAGAAGGAUAAAGAGAGCUGAGAGCAAGUCGCAUUCCUAUUCUAUGUCAGUAGCGGGAUCAGAUCCAGAAUUCUUAAGCCCUGAAUAUAAGAGAAUGUAUGUACUCUGAAAAUGCUGGACCUCAAGUCCUUGAAAGUUUAGCUGUGUGUACUUGUGUAUAGCUGUGAUGCCUAAAAUGCCAUGUAUGUAGCAGUGAUCCAUUUCAUUAGCCUAACAACGACCAUUGUUUCAGGCUGAGGUUCAGGGGGAUCACAUAUCAAAUUGUAAUGUAAUCGCUUUGAUGCGAGUAAAAGUGUAAAACUUUUGCUGCUCAUGCAGUUUUUAUUGUCAAUAUAAUCUUUGUUUGUUUAAUGAA